CGGCGUUGGUGGUUGGAUAAUUGGUGCUUGUCUUUAGUGAAUCGUCCCAAUCCACGCACGAUUCUCAUCCCUCCAAACCGCACUCCACAACCCAAGACAGACAGACAGACAGCAUCACGCUUGCUUGCAGCGACACACACGACAACAACAAUUAACGACAAGCGAGCACAAGCGAGCAGUCUUCUGCGAGGUUGAUAAUUUAGACGAGAAACCCCAAGCACACAGUCAUGGUGUCUUUGAACUUCUGCGGGCCCAAGUGCUCUCACUGCUGCUUCGUCCUCAGCAUUUGGGGCAUCCUCAUGCUGGUGGUUCUUGGUGCGCUGUUCAAGACAAACAGCCGCGCACUGCGCUCUGACUCGUCGGAUAACACAGUCGAGGACAUGCACAACAUCGGACAGAAUUGCUUCAUUGCCGCGGGUCUUUAUGGUGCCACCUUGCUCAUCAGCUUCUGGCAAAUGAGGCUCUCCCGAAAAGCAGCACAGCAGAGGGCAGAACUCAGAACAGAGAACAGUUACUCCAGCUAUUGAGCAGCACUCACCGUCAUCACCUCCACCAACAUCUGUGUCGCCGCUCUGGAAAAGGCCUUUGUGUUGUGGGCGCAACUGUACGCACACACUCACAUGGUCCAGCACUUCCUAUCCGCGGUGACAGUUUUGCAUUGCCACCACAGCCGACCCACAAGCUGCUCUAUCAACCUCAAUGCCAUGCAUGCAUGACACACCAUCACCAUCUCAAGCAGUGUCCAUUCCAUCGUUCUCUUCCUCCCAUUUUUUGAUUGACCACUAGUUUCUCCUCUUCAACCCUUUGCUGUUGGUUGUUGUUCUUGUUGCUGUUGCUGUGUCCUGCUGUCGGUGUUGUCACGUGAGCAGCAACAUGUACGUGAGUGUGAACAUCCACCCGCUCUUUGCCGUUGCUUGUGAUUGUCUGUGAUCCAUGUGUGCGCGUAUCUGUGCUCGCAACCACGUUACGUGGCCAAUUGCUGUCUGUCGUGUUUCGUUCGCGUGUUGGUUCUCUGUGUCCCCCCCCCCACCCUUGUAUUGACGAUGUUCAGCAGGUUUGUGGCGUAUCAUUGUGUGCCUCCCAUACAUCAUAUCUGCCAACUGCAACUGUGAGUAUGCACUCGCUGCGUGGUUCACACUGGGAAACCUGG